CAGAUGCAAAGUUUAAUGAAAAUUGAAAGUUCUGAUUCUGAGUUCUGUAAUGAGAUUCCGUACUGUAUAAUUUGCUGGGGUGUGGUAUUUUAUGAUUUAAUUCAACUAAUUGGAAUCUUAAUUAAGUUACCUAACACCCCAAGAAAAUUCGCAUCCACUAAUAGUUCUUUUAAAAUUUUCCAAACGUCAUAACUGCUUCAAAGUUUUGUAGGUUAUCAACAAUUUUAUUAUUUUAAGAAAAAUCUGAAAAUCUAUUAACAAUGAAAGAAUGGUUUUUGAGGAUUUAAAUACAAUAUGUCACGUUUGGCUGACUACUUUGUUAUUGUUGGUUAUGAUCAUGAUAAAGAAAGAAGUGGAAUCAGCAGUGGUAUUAUAAUACAAAGAUUUCCAGAAAAAGAUUGGUCAGAUACCCCAUUCAUUGAGGGUAUAGAAUGGUUUUGUCAACCUCAAGGAUGGGCCCUCUCCACCGAAAGGCAGGAACCAAGAUUUUUUGUCUCCGUUCUUACAGAUAUAGACGCAAAUAGACAUUACUGUGCAUGUUUAUGUUUCAAUGAGACCAUAUCUAUUACACCAAGUAAACCUGCAGAUGAGGAAGAAGAUACUUUGGAAAGUGUCGUUCCUCUAGUUCGAACAAUUCCAGCAAUAUCUCACCAUAGUAUUAUGUAUGCUCCAAAGUGUUUAGUUUUGGUGUCAAGACUGGAUUAUAUAGAAACUUUUAGAAACUGUUUGGGUAUUAUUUAUUCAGUGUACAUAGAAAACAUUCCAGUAUCCCUUGAAACACUGGUUGGUAAUAUUUUGGGAUGUAUACAAGUGCCACCGCCUGGGGGUCCUCAGGUUAGGUUCAGCAUAGGAGCAGGGGAUAGGCAAGCCUUACAACCUCCUCUUAGCCCCUCUUUACCGGUGACUCAUACUUCUGUUAAUUUAUUAUUUUCUCAAUUAGGUAUAAGAAAUGUUUUAGUUCUCUUUUGUGCCAUAAUGACCGAACACAAAAUACUAUUCCACUCAAAGAGUUACAGUCGACUGACAGAGGCUUGCAGAGCUCUAACAGCUAUCAUGUAUCCUUUUCGAUACACUCAUGUAUAUAUUCCCUUACUGCCUUCGCCGUUAGUAGAAGUUCUCUCGACUCCCACCCCUUUUAUCAUGGGUGUUCAUUCUUCCUUGAAGAACGAAGUGGCCGAAUUGAUGGAUGUCAUUGUGGCUGAUCUCGACGGUGGAUCUAUUCUCAUACCAGACGGUAUAUCGUUACCUCUUCUUCCUGAGCCCCUCUUGAGUCAGACGCAGGAAGCGCUAAGCUUGAUCCUCCAACCCGAGCUCAGUUGCGCGGACCACGCUUUCCCCCCUCUGGCAAUCAGAUCUCCACAGGCUGUCAUGUUGGACAAGGAAAUCCGAGCCGUGUUCAUGAGAACUUUUGCUCAAUUACUUCAAGGUUACCGAAGCUGCUUGACGAUCAUCAGGAUACACCCUAAACCAGUAAUAACGUUUCAUAAGGCCGCAUUUUUGGGGGAGCGAAACUUGAAAGACUGUGAUUUCACGACUAGAGUGCUCGAUUGUAUGUUUUUUACCACUUUCAUCGCAGAAAGGGGGCCACCGUGGCGGCCCUGCGACGUCUGGGAUGAAUUGUACAAUGUUAUAGGUGAACUGAUGAAAUCUGAAUCUCUAGAUAGCACAUUAAUUUUAACACAUAUACAAGAACUAGCCACCCAGUUAUACACAAAUGAGAAUCCCAACCCUCAGUCUUAUGCUCAAAAGAUUUUAGUACCGCCAGAGGGCGCUUUUGCUAGAAUACAUCAACCACCAUUGCCGUUGUUGAACGCUGAAAUGGUUCGAACCAUCAUAGAAGAAGGUUUAUCGAAGAAUAACUUGAAGUCAAGCGGAGAGUUUGCAUGGUUAGCGUCAUUGAGGCCAAUACAACCUAGAAUCGUUCCAAUGGGACCAUGCAUUUCGAAUUUAAACGAAAACAAAAAUUUGGUUAGCAAUUCUGCGAGGAGACUAGAGGUUUUGCGCAACUGCAUCACCUGCAUUUUCGAAAAUAAAAUAUCGGACGCGAGAAAGACGUUUCCUGCCGUUUUGAGGGCCUUACAGUCGAAACAGGCCAGACUUGCACUUUGCAACGAACUAGCUCAGCACGUUUGCGGCACGAAAGCAAUGCUGGAACAUCAGCAGUUCGAUCUGGUGGUGAGAUUAAUGAAUUGCGCCCUUCAAGACGAUUCUGCAAUGGACGAACAUGGUGUUGCUGCAGCUCUACUCCCUUUGGCUACUAUAUUUGGCAGGAAGUUGUGUACUGGGGUCAUACAAUUUGCAUACACAUGCAUACAGGAGCAUCCAGUUUGGCAGAAUCAACAGUUCUGGGAAGCAGCGUUUUACCAGGACGUUCAAAAAGACAUAAAAGCUCUCUAUUCGAAUAGGACGGACAACUUCGGUAGUACCAACCGAUAUAAUGACUAUCUCGUGUCGAAACCCACAUCCCCUAGGGACAAUAAAGAAUUCUCUUGGCAAAACCGGCGGUCUAUUGUUGCCAAGAUGCAAGAUGCUACCUCAUUGGAAAUAGCGGCUGAACAGAUGAGAAUUUCGAGUACGAUAGAUGCGGAAAAAUCUAAAGAGUUGAUCACGCAAGAAGAAAAUACGAUCUACAGCCAAGCUAUUCAUUAUGCGAAUAGAAUGGUUUAUUUGCUCAUUCCACUGGAUGUGGCCAGUAAACAUCACAAACCUGAUUAUAUGGACGAGGAAAGAACUUCCAAUAGUAUAACUAACAGUGUUGCAGAAAGCGAUAGUGUAGACGCAGAAUCAGGAUUUGAAGAUCAGGAAGCAGGUGAGACCGGUGCCAAUGUAGUCAGGACAGUAUCCAGAUUCAUCGACAAAGUAUGCAACGAGGGUGGUGUCACCAGAGAUCACAUAAGAAACUUGCAUCAAAUGAUCCCUGGUGUGGUUCACAUGCACAUAGAAACCUUGGAAGCGGUUCAUAGGGAAUCGAAGAGGCUACCGCCAAUACAGAAACCCAAGAUUCUGGCUCCAAAUCUGUUGGCUGGCGAAGAAUCCAUCAUGGAGGGGCUCAGGGUGUAUCUCCUACCGGAUGGCAGGGAAGAGAGCGGUGCUGGGUUGUUGGGCGGCCCGCCUCUUUUACCCGCAGAAGGAGCCAUUUUCCUCACCAAUUAUAGAAUUAUAUUCAAGGGAAUACCUUGCGAUUCUUUCGCUUGUGAACAAGUGGUCGUAAGAUCAUUUCCAGUUACGUCAUUGACGAAAGAGAAAAAAAUCGCCAUCCAAUAUCUGGCCCACUUGGAUCAAUGGCUACAAGAAGGACUGCAGAUCAGAUCGUGUACAUUUCAGCUGAUGAAAUUAGCAUUCGAUGAAGAAGUCACUCCGGAAAAUGUCGACAUGUUGAGGAAGUUGAUACACAAAAUAAGGCACCCUCCAGACGUCUUCCACCACUUCGCUUUCGCCGGUCAAGUAGUGAUGAACCAAACUCCCCUCCAUAAAGGGAAGGAAAAGAACGCCACCCUCCUCGGUAUAUCGAAGAAGACGUUGUUGAAGACGGCGAGAAAAGCUGGUUUCAAGCAGAAAUCCUCGUCGAAGAGACAGAAAUACGUGCUGCCCAACAUGAGCAUCAGCAGUAGCAGCAAGUACAUGACCUCGCCCGGUAGAAUGAACCUGCCACUUUCGGACGAUUUCAGUCACGACGACGACUUGUCCAUUGACGACUUCGAGUCUGUGCCGCAAUCCAACACUCCGGUGGCUACCGACGCCAAAACGCUGGAACGUCUGGCCGAGAGGACCUACGUGAAAGAUUGGAGGAGGUUAGGUUUGACCAAUACUAGUUCGCCGACUUCGUCCAAGUCACCGGUGGACGCCUUCAGGUUAACGUCGGUUAAUUCUAUCUACAUGAUGUGCAGAAGCUAUCCGGCUCUCUUAGUUGUCCCCGCCCACGUAACCGACGAAUCCAUUCGGAGAUUCUGCCGCUGCUACAGGCAAGGCAGAAUACCGGUUGCAACGUGGCGCCAUCCAAAAACCAAGGCUCUGUUGAUACGAGGCUCGGGCCAUCACAAUAAGAGCGUUAUGGGAAUGCUGAAAAGUCACCCGAACCCUAAUGCCUCCUCCGAAACUUCCUCAUUCGAACAGGAGAAGUAUUUCUCAGCUUUGGUGUCGGCAACGCCAGUUUACGCUUUGAGACAUUCCGGUUGGGGUAUGUCUGACAGUUCCCUGAGCAUAAACUCAUUACUUCUGGCAGCAGACGACAAGUUGGGAAUGGCCCUCACCCCGGAAGCUGGGAGAAGGUCGAAUCCUUUCAAUAAAGCUAUGGGAACAUUAGGAGUCUUCCCGAGAUCGUCAGGAGGUAAAGGACCCAGAAACUUUGGCCGCUGGGGUUCCUUGAAGGACAGGAGGCAGAACUCCCAAGCAUCUCUGGCGAAUAUCCAACAGAAUCGAAACACGAUAAGGCAUUCCGCUGAAGGAGAUGGGGCGAUGGAAGGCGUCCACACACUUCAGAAAUCGGCUCUUUACAUUCUUGGCGAAAAGGCGCACAUGAGGGGCAUGAAAUUCGACAACGCCCCCAAGACUGACUUCAUUCCCGUGGAAUAUUACGACGUUAGGCACACAAAGCAGGCCUUCAAGAAGUUGAUGAGGGCGUGCAUACCCAGUGCGCCCUGUUCGCAAAACCCAGAGCCGGAACAAAGUUUUUAUAAAUUGAUCGAGAGUUCCGAAUGGCUCCUUCAAAUCCAGAAUAUAAUGCAGCUAUCAGGAGCGGUGGUGGACCUUCUUGACGUUCAAGGAUCAUCGGUGUCCAUUUGCCUAGAAGACGGCUGGGAUAUAACCGCACAAGUGUCGUCGGUAGCGCAGCUGUGUCUCGACCCCUACUAUCGUACAAUCGAGGGUUUCCGGGUGUUGAUAGAGAAAGAAUGGAUCGCAUUCGGGCACAGGUUCAGCCACAGGAGCAACCUGAUAUCGAACUCUCAGACCAGCGGGUUCGCGCCCACUUUCCUCCAGUUUCUGGACGUUAUCCACCAGAUCCAAACGCAGUUUCCUAUGGCGUUCGAGUUCAACGACUAUUACCUUCGGUUUCUGGCUUAUCAUUCGGUGUCUUGUAGGUUUAGGACGUUCUUGUUCGAUUGCGAGUUGGAAAGGGUCGAGUGCGGAGUGGCGGCCGUGGAGGAUAAGAGGGGAUCGUUGACGUCGCAUCAUAAGAGCGUGGACACCGGUUCGGACGAGGAAAGCAUCUAUCCCGGCGGCAGACUCGGAACCACCGUGCAGGGGUCCAAUCUUGGACAGAGCAUUUUUGAUUACAUCGAGAAGCAGCACAAUAGGUCGCCUUUGUUCUUCAAUUUCAUGUAUAUACCGGAUUUGGAGAAUCCUGUGCUUCGGCCCCAAUCCCAUCUGCCCUGUCUGAAUAUUUGGGAAUAUUAUCUAAACGAAGAUUUACAUCACGGUCCCAACUACGAUCCGGAAAUUGUCCAAAUGGAUUCGCAGCAAGAAGAAGAAGCCGAAGCUGCCGAUGGAAAUUCUGAUAAGUCGUCAAGAAAAGUUGUCACUUUAGGGUACGAUUGUAUUGAUCAAUGUGUACCCGAUGCAUUUAGUCAUUUGUUUGAGGAGACUCAUCGUCUUGAAACAGAACUUGGACAUUUACCGCAGAAGUGGAAAGUUCUCUGGGACAAGCUAGAAGUGAAUACAUCAGAAUCAUUAUCAAGACAUGCCUCUUUCAGUACAGACUUGGUGAGAUCUCAUGGUAGAUUAGUGCACAAAAGGUCUACUUUAGAAAUUCUUAUGAGAGGUAAAAUGGCUGGUGCGGCGGAAACGUCGUUAGUAUACUCCCAUCCGCACAGAUUCGACAAAUAUAAUUAUACCACUCCUACAUACUGUGAUUAUUGUAGUAACUUGCUGUGGGGACCAGUAAAGACGGGAAUGAGAUGCAUGGAUUGCGGUUAUAGCUGUCAUGAGAAAUGUAUGGAAGGCGUACCGAAGAAUUGUACAAAGUACAAAGCGGUGGAUAGCGGAACGCCUCAAAGCUUGAACGUUAGUUCGGGUGACAACAAUUCAGUCAGUUCAGGCAGUGCCCGACAGACAUCUAGUCAACAAUAUUAUGAACAAUUUUCAUCCAACGUUGCCGAGAAUCGCACCCAUGAAGGUUACCUGUAUAAGCGUGGGGCACUCCUGAAGGGCUGGAAGCAGAGAUGGUUUGUUUUAGACUCCAUAAAACAUCAGCUUAGGUAUUACGAUGCAAUGGAAGAUUCUCACUGCAAAGGAUACAUUGAUUUGGCAGAAGUGAUGUCGGUAACACCUGCAGCUGCAGCCCCAGGGCCGCCUAAGAAAACAGAUGAUAAAUCAUUCUUCGACCUCCGGACUAGUCGCCGAACGUACAAUUUUUGUGCCCCAGAUGCCACUUAUGCUCAAGAGUGGAUCGAAAAACUACAGGCUUGUCUCCAAUGAAUGGAAAUACUCUCUAUCCAAAGUUUAGUUAAGUUGAAAAAUCUCCCUCUUUCUGAUAGGUUGACAAUGAAAUGUUUAUUGAACAAGAUAUUCAUAUUUUUUUAAAUAUUUGUUUCGUGAUACAGAACGCUCCAUCAUACUCAAUGAAUCAUAUCGGGUUUAUAAAUUUACAUUAAUUAUUUGAUGCAAGAUCUAUUACGUUGUACUUUUCCGCUGUAUGAUUCUUUUAGUCCUAAAGUUUUAUCUUAAUGAAACCUUAAGAUUUAAGGAAUAAUAUUUCAUAUCAUCCAUGGGAAAUAUUAAGUCUAAACUUCUCAGUGGUAAUUCAAGAUUAUUUUAACAAAUACACCAGUAUUUCAUUGUUAAAAGAAAAAGUUAAUAUAAUUUUAUUUCAGAAAUUUAUAUAUUAGUUAUCUUAAUAUUAUUGCUGAUGAGAAAUUAACUCGAAUAUCGGUAUCUCCUCAAUACCUUGUUUUUUCGUGUCGAAUGAAGUAUACAGCUCAAGAAUAAAGUAAUAUACAACAUUCGUAUGCAAUAUUGUUCUUUUCAAAGUUUGAACUUGAUUUUUAACAGGAAUAAUCGUAAAUUUUUUAUCGAAUAAUGAAAAUUAUUUGUAUUCGAGUAUUUUUCUUCGCCAUUGUUUCCGAAUAUGUUGCACAUUCCGUGACUUUAAGAAAUCGUGAGUACAUAAUAAUAUUCAUCCUGAUAUUUUGGAGAUCACUUACCUGCUUUUGUGAUUUCGAUGUUCUGUUUAUGUGAUACAUAUAGCAAUGUAAAACUGUUGUUGUAAAUAUAUAAAAAAAAUCAAUGAUUUA